UUCGUCAGUACAUUUUGUCAGAUUUCUCAACGGUAAAAAUACGCAUCUUGUAAGACGUACGAGCAAUGUUUACUCAAGCUGUCAUUGAUAUUCUUGAGACUCGGCUCGAGAGAUCAAACUCAUUAAACGAAUUCGUAUCUUACCGAUUGUUCGUAAGACACACCCCCCACCUCUCAAGAAAAACAAAUUAUUACUCAGCAAUCAAAAGACUAGUAGGCUUGAUAAGAAACUACGAUAUAGCGAAUAGAUGCUAGCGAUUGGUAGUCAAUCGUCUCACAGAAAUGAUGCAAGCCAAGAAGAAAGUACUCUGGUCGCAGCAUCUUGCCAGCGGCACGCUGAGCAUCGUGUUGUUCACCGUUGGUUUGGGCAAUGGGUGGUCGUCGCCCUACUUGGCUAAAUUGUCCAUGAUGGACAAUAUCGAUGGUAUACCUAGAGCUAGCGACGACGAACUCUUGUGGGUCGCGUCCCUCAUGAACAUUGGUAGGAUUUUCGGUGCUGUCGCUGGUGCUGUCGCUCAAGAUACAAUUGGUCGCAAAAUGGGUUUAUUCUUCUGCGGCUUCCCGAUGCUAAGCGGUUGGAUCUGCAUAGCAAUGGCAACGAGCGUCCACUGGUUAUACGCAGCCCGAAUACUCUGUGGCUUUUCAAUGGGUAUCGUGUGGACAACCAUGUCGCAUUACCUGGCCGAAAUAGCCGACCCCCAGAUCCGUGGCUCACUGGUAUUAUGGAACAUAACCGUGCAAUCUGUCGGUAUAUUCGUGGGCAAUCUUAUGGGACCGUACAUGUCGAUGAAACUAUUCGCCUACAUCAGUAUAUUCGCUACGUUAAUGUUCCUCGUGUUGUUCCCACUGAUACCUGACUCGCCACAUCGACACCUGAAGAUGGGUAAUCUCGACAAAGCCGAGGAGUCCCUCAAGUGGUUCCGUAGGAAGCAAGAUGUCAAGCAGGAACUUAAUGAGAUCAAAGAUUACCUCAGCAAGUCUGAUGCAUCGUUUAAGGAAAAAUUGGAUGAGUUUCGUCAAAAACAAAGCCUGAAGAAUUUCGGUCUGAUGUUCCUGAUGAACGUGUUUCUGUACUUCUGCGCGUUCAAUGUGAUCAACAAUUACAUGGAGAUAAUCGUGAGUGCUAGUCGAGUGACGAUAAUAGCUCCGAGUACGCUAGUUUCCAUAAACGGUUUCUUCGCCAUAAUAUCAGGUCUGGUAGCGACUUUUCUAGUUGAUAGUUUCGGUCGUCGAUUUUUACUCAUAGUCUCGAGUCUAGGAAUGGCCAUGUCGCUCACAAGUCUUGGCAUUCACUUUAUGUUACUCAAGUGUCACUAUGAUCCCGUGUCGCUCAACUUAUUACCGUGCAUUUGUCUAACCGGAUAUACGCUGUCUUAUUCGGCCGGCAUGGGCUGCAUACCGAGUACAUUGGUUGGCGAGCUCUUCUCACCGAAUCUCAAGUCAGUCGCCAGCUUGAUGUUUAGUGGCACUGCGGCUCUAUUCUCGACGCUCUCUACCAUCACUUUUCUGCCAUUGCAGAAUCUCAUUGGACCGAGUUAUCUGUACUGGUUUUAUUCGGCUGGCAUUUAUGCUUCCUCUGCGUAUUACUACUUCUGUUUGACUGAGACUAAAGGCCAGAGCUUGCAGAGUAUUCAGAUUAGACAGAAGAAGGAAGCCGAAAGUUGAAAAAAUAUCAUUACAAGCUGUGAGCACUGCUAAAAUAAGAGACAUUUUUACGAGUAAUGACAACGAAUAUCAUUUUUUUGUUAGCCAGAUAUACAAUGAAAUUCGGUUGCCGGUUUUUAUGAGAAUAUAAACAGAAACUUCUACCCAAUUUAGUUAAUGUAACAUUAUGUAUGAAAAACUGUUAAAAAUUAGAGUAUUUUAUUAACAA